UGCCCUAUAUAAGGGGUGGCUCGACGUGAGGCGGCACACUCCAUCACCAUGAACUUCCAACUGCUCUCAGUCUUCGCGCUGGUGUGCCUCGCGGCCGUGCUGGUCCACGCCGAGGAGGAGGAGCAGCCCCACCUGCUCGUGAAGCGCUCCGGCAACAGCUGGUUCAAGAACCCCGGCAGCCCCACCUCCAGGAGGACCGUCAAGGACGGCGUCGGCCAGCAGGUCGACUACACCCAAAACGAGAACACGGGCCACCAGACCAACGGCUACCUCGCCAAGGGCAAGAACGCCCGGGACUCCUCACCCAUCCGCUCCGGCCAGCCCCACUCCGGCGGGGAGGCCGGCACCAGCCAGAAGAAGGGCAAGAAGAAGGGCCACUAAGAGGUAGGCCUGCAGCGCGACCAAUUCCUCGCCAAUAAACGGCUAGCAUCUACUA